GAAGCGUAUUGUGCUGUUCUGUCUCUGCAUGUGAAUGCGCUGUACACAAUUCUGCAUGAGUAUAGCGCAGCUUCAGAGAUUUCCACCCUGUUUCAAACCUGCCACCAGUGGAACGAUGUCUUGGCGGUAAAAAAAACAUUGGAUUUAUAACUCCUCAUCCUCCGCGCGUGCUCGCGCGCGCACACACACACACACACACACACACACACACACACACACACACACACACACAGCUUCACCUCCACUCCCAUCCCCAGCUCCACCCCCCUCCCGCUCUCUACAGUUUAAGAAGAAGAGGAACUUGACUGAAGUCUCAGAAGUUCUGACUCAAAGACCGAAAAGAAAAUGUUCCGACCGCUCCGACAACCAUCUCUUGCAAAGUUCUGGGGGGUGAGUGAUGUUGAUCUGGCCGAAGACAUUCUGGGUCCCCACCCCCCACUCRGCGCCUCUACGCCUCUACCYCAUGAGCAACAUCCAGAGUACUUCGUGGAUUACUUUCCCACAUCCCCGCUCUCYCUGCCGGCUACAACCCCUCACUCACCGCURGCAGACCUGCAGGUCCCGCAACUUGAAGCAGAUGCAGACRAGUCUCAGACUGCAUGCUCCGAUCCGGUACAUGAGGACAUCAUCAGAUGGCUUCGCUCAAACCCUGACCUACCGUUGGACACUGACGAUUCAAAACCAACACCCGAACUCUCACUGYGGAUUGCUGACCCUCAAGCGGACCCCGGACAGGACUCUGAGGACCUGAUUGUGGAGCCCGGAGCGGCCUCUGGGCCUCAAAAGGCCUCACUUCCUCCUCCUUCACCUCCGCAGGAACCAUCAACCAGCCCCAGGUCCAGUGGCGACUGGUUGGAUUCCGAGGUGAUUCAAACUGUGAAGAUGGCCAUCCUUCACCUGCUCAACAUGACUCUGGAUUCUCACGUCCAGGAAAUAUGUAAUGGGUGUAUCAUAAACCGUCCAAGCCAGCUACAACAUCUCUGCAUGAUGGUGC